AUGGCAUCGGAGGGACGGACUAUAGUCUGUACUAUACAUCAGCCCUCGUCUCAAGUGUUCGCUCUCUUCGAUCACAUCUUACUUAUGGCCGACGGAAGGAAAAUAUGCGACAAUUAUUUAAUCUCAAGCUUUUGUCCUCAAAUAUCUGUCGGCAAUAAUGAGAUUGAAUGCCAAACGAGGCAUACAUUUGGCGUCCAGAAUGAGUGCAACCGUACAAAUCAGUUGACUCAUUACGAGUACGGCUUUUGGGCUCAAAUGCGGGCCCUAUUGUGGCGCUCAUACCUAUUAACUCUUAGAAAUAAUAAAAUGACAACCGAGAUGAUUUCUGCCAUGGUAGGUCUUUCGUAA